AUGCUUUCUUCAAUAUUACCAAAAAGAUAUUAUUUCGACAAACAAGGAAAAAUAAAAGAAAUAGAUUUAUUAAGUUGCAAAACAAUUAUUUCUCCACAAAAGCACGUUGAUACUAAGGAUAAUUUAACUUGUACUACUCACGUUCUUCCCAAUAUUUAUGAAACAACACAUAACUUUCCAAAAAUGAAUCUAACACACGAGAAUAAUUUUGAUAAUGUAGAAAUGAAUACAAACGUUUAUGUAAAUCAAGAACCAUCUAUGAAUAAUGUUAAUGCAGUUCCUUAUGCAGCAGAUCAAUACAAUAACAUUCAGGAAGUAAAUAUUCAUGAAAUUACUCAACCAUUAACUUUUGCAGAUGGAAAUCUAUACUAUGCAGAUGGUCCCCAGGGAAUUGAUCCAGGGGUCCUAGCUGUCUCGAAUGCUUUAUUUGCUUAUAAUAGUUCUUUUCAAUCAAUACCUAUUAAAACUUCUCCAAAAGUAUUCAGACGAAGAAGAAGAGGAGAAACAAAUUCUGAAUGGAGCAAUGCUUUUGUUACUAGAGUAGACCCUUGUGAAUGUACCGAACCAGAAGAAGAAUAUAAACCAUAUGAAGUCACAAAAUAUUAUGAUGAAAGUGGAGUAAAAACUGUAUUUAAUUUUGAUCAUGAACCAUUUCAUGAAGCAAUAUAA